AUGAGCUUGAAAGAAGUAUUCGAACAACAUCCAUGGAGGUCAUUUAAGAAAUUCAAUGAAGCUGCAAAGAGUUGGGGAUUUACUAACAGAGCUGAAGUGAAAAGGUUCUUUGACAAAAAUGUUGUACAUCAAACAAAAAUAAACCCUUACGACUACUUUUUACCAAUUUACUCCAACACUCCUGACGCAUACCAAUUUGACACUCUCAUUCAAAGCAGAAAAGGAGGACAUAAACCAUUCCUCAUCUUCAUAAAUGUUAACACUCGUAAAGCAUAUGCAUAUCCAAUGAAAAAUAAAGGAACUCGUGAAGUGUUAAGAGUUUUACAAAAGUUUGUAGCAGAACAUAACCCAAGUACUUUAACAUCAGACCAAGACAGUGCAUACCUCAGCAAUGAAAUCACAGAAUUUCUCAUUAAGCAUAACAUAACUCACUACACUACUGAAGACCAUAACCAUAACAUACUCGGCAUCAUAAACCGCUUCAUAAGAACGCUCAGAGAUUUAAAUCAAGAGCGAGACUUUACCGAAGAAACAAUGAAACAUUUUCUCGAAGUAUAUAAUUCCUCAACACAUUCUAAAACAGGACAUACACCAAAUUCAAUGACACAACAACAGAAGAAAAGU